AUGGUUCUUCCUUACUUGUGGGAGCACGAGCGUGAGAGGGGCUCUGAGGAUUGCAGCUCAAAAAAUGUAACUGCAGAACCAGCAGCCAGUAGUAAUGAUGAUUUGUCAGUAAACUCUGCGAGUGGGAACAGAACCUCUGCAGGUGGAAGAGUAAUCAGGGCUGCAUUACUCGCUGAUGAGACAAGAGGAUCCAGCCCAAUUUAUGAUCUCACAGCAGAAUCCAUUGGUGUGACUUCUGUCAUCUUAAAAUGGAUGGUGAAUGACAGCGCUUCCAGUUCCUACACGUACAGGGUACAGGUUGUAAAUGGUACAAAUGAUACACCUGUGAAGAACCUGACAUCCAGUGAAACUAAGGCAGAGAUUGCAGAGUUAAUCCCUGGGAGCCUGUACAACUUCACAGUAUUUGCUAUAGCAGAAGAUAAUGAGACAGAAGGAGAGGGAAGUUCCAUAAAACUGUAUACAAGGCCCAGCCCGGUUGUUGAUCUCAAGGCAGAAUCCAUUGGUAUGAUUUCUGUGGUCUUAAAAUGGGUGGUGGAUGACAGUGCUUCCAACCCCUACACAUACAGGAUAGAGGUUGUAAAUAGUACAUUUGUGAAGAACUGGACAUCCAGUGACAGCAGAGCAGAAAUUACUGAGUUAAUCCCUGGGAGCCUGUACAACUUCACAGUAUUUGCUGUAGCAGCUGAUAACGAGACAGAAGGAGAAAGAAGGUCCACAGGCCUGUAUACAAGGCCCAGCCCGGUUGUUGAUCUCAAGGCAGAAUUCAUUGGUGUGACUUCUGUGGUCUUAAAAUGGGUGGUGGAUGACAGCGCUUCCAACUCCUACACAUACAGGAUAGAGGCUGUAAAUGAUACAUUUGUGAAGAACUGGACAUCCAGUGACAGCAGAGCGGAAAUUACUGAGUUAAUCCCUGGGAGCCUGUACAACUUCACAGUAUUUGCUGUAGCAGCUGAUAACGAGACAGAAGGAGAAGGAAGGUCCAUAGACCUGUAUACAAUAACUCUCUCAGUGAAUUCAUUUCGGUGUGAACCAGUGGCCAAGCAGCCUUUCCUAAUGCUGAAGUGGAAAUGUCCUUUUGGUAACAACUCUGGCUUCAGAAUUAGUAUAUCUAAUAUAAAUACUUCAGAGGAAGAAUUGGCACCACGCUGCACAGUAGAAGGCUUUGAGCAAUCCUUCCAAACAGCACAUUUAAAUUUUUUCAGUACCUACAAUGUUACUAUCAUAACUCUUUCAAGUGGCUCUGAAAGCUCUCCAGUGGACAACUUGUGUCACACCAGCAUUACUGACCCACCUCCGCCAACCGAGGUUCCUUCAGUCAAGGUCGUCAGUCACAGCUCGUUGUCUGUUGAAUUCUCUGAUUUUGAUCCACUGAAUGGUCCAUUAGAAGCCUAUGCAAUAAUGAUUACAACAGAAGAUCAAAGUUCUGAGUCUUUGAAGUCUAAAUUGAACAACACAUACAAAGAUUUCAAGAAGAAGAAGACAACUGCCUAUGUUACGUAUGUCAUAAAAACAGAGCAGGCAGAAUCACAUUCUUCCCAAUCUCAGAAUGGUAAAAACAUCAUUAGUGUAGGCAAGGGAAACACAAUGCAUGGCUAUGAAAAUGGACCAUUGAUCCCUCUUCGUUCCUACAGGGCAUGUGUUGCAGGUUUCACUAAUAUAACCUUUAUGGCUGACGUGAUUGAGGGGAAAGAUAGCUAUGUAUCAUUUUCACCCUGUUCUGAACCCGUUUUACUACCCCAGGAUCCAGGUGUUAUUGCUGGAGUGGUUAUUGGAUGCCUCUUGGCUAUCUUUGCUGUAGUUGCUAUAGGGGGAUUCAUAUUCUGGAGAAGGAGAAGGAAAGAUAAAAGAAAUACUGAGGUGUCUUUUUCUCCAAUUAAAAUCAAGAAAUCAAAAAUGAUUAAAGUGGAGAACUUUGAGUCAUACUUUAAGAAGCAGCAAGCUGACUCCAACUGUGGUUUUGCUGAAGAGUAUGAGGAGCUCAAGUCUGCUGGUGUUCAUCAGCCCAAAUUUGCUGCUGAACUUCCUGAGAACAGGGGAAAAAAUAGAUACAACAAUGUCUUACCAUAUGAUAUUUCUCGUGUUAAACUUUCAAAUCAAAGCUCUGGAACUGGUGAUUAUAUUAAUGCAAACUAUAUGCCUGGCUAUAACUCAAAGAAAGCAUUUAUUGCUGCACAGGGUCCAUUACCCAAUACUAUAGAAGACUUCUGGCAAAUGAUUUGGGAAAAGAAUAUCUACUCUAUUGUUAUGUUGACAAAAUGUGUGGAACAAGCCCGGACAAAAUGUGAGCAGUACUGGCCAGACAAACAACCCAAGAGCUAUGGUGACGUUGUUGUGACAAUGGUCUCAGAAGUUGUCCUUCCAGAAUGGACAAUAAGGGACUUCACUGUAGAAAAGUCCAACACCCCCGAGAGCCACACAGUGCGCCAGUUCCAUUUCACCUCCUGGCCGGAUCACGGAGUGCCAGAGACAACAGACCUUCUCAUCAACUUCAGGCACCUUGUUCAUGAGUACAACAGCCAGAAUCCAAUGGACUCUCCUACUCUGGUGCACUGCAGCGCUGGUGUCGGGAGGACGGGGACGUUCAUCGCCAUCGACCGCCUGAUCCAGCAGAUGGAGAUGGAGAACACGGUGGAUGUGUAUGGGGUGGUGUACGACCUCCGCAUGCACCGACCCCUCAUGGUGCAGACUGAGGACCAGUACGUCUUCCUAAACCAGUGUGUCAUGGAUAUCAUUAAAUCCCAGAGAGAGAGGAAAACUGACCUUAUCUACCAGAACGUGACAGCAAUGGCAAUCUAUGAAAACUUCACACCUGGGCCAGCCUUUGGGAAGGCCAAUGGCUACCAUGCAUAGUCCAGAAGGAGCCCAGUGCCUCCAGGAGGCGUUACCUGCCCUCAGCAAAGGAAGGUGUCCAACUCGUGUUUUCUGGGAUUGUGUGCAGUGUCUCAUGUCUGGCUCCUCCAGUUCUGUCUGCAUUCAGAGGUGUGAUCUACAGGAGGAGAAACACAAUGCUCGCAGGAGUUGCAGACUGAUGUUAAACAAAACCCAAACAACAGAACCCAAGUGAAACUUUUUUAAGUUAACAGAGGAAUCUUUUUUUUUUCUUGGGAAUUUAACAGUACUGAUAGGUGAAAUAGCAUUUGCAGUAUGAACAGUGAACUAGGAUUUAAAUAUUAAAAUAAUAACACAAGCUUUUUAUUGCAAUUUUAUAUGAUUUAAUUUACAGACACCAGGCUGGUGGGCUGUUUUGAUAUAUUUAAUUAUAAGUUUCAGGAAGAUAUUUUGUCUACUGUAUCUGGUUACUUAGUUAAUAGAUAUGUGCCUCUGUGAUAUAUUUUUUUUCUGUCUUCCUUUUUAUUUAAAAAAGGAGUACAAAUGGCUCCUUCAAAUGGACAUUUAUACUUGGAAAUUGUGCCUUUUCUAGUUGCUACUCUAGAAAAAAAAAAACAGCAGAGAUUUUAUUUUUGUACUGAAACUCUUAAUGAGAACACAGAUUUUUUGAAUAAGGCUUAUGUCAAACUUAACUGUAGUUGCACUGUUGGCAGGACUCUCCAGAAGUUUGGAGGUGAGCUUUGUUUUUGCAUUUCACCACAAAUAUCCCCUGCCUUAAUGUUUCGGUGCCUCUGCCAGAGGAAGAGGAGUGUGGUCUGUCACUCCGAGCUUUAACUGUAGUUAAAAAGAGAGCAAAUGAAUCUGUGAAUGUGUGUGUGGGGGUGUGGAUGAAGGACAGAAUAGCUCCUCCCUGUUCCUGGCUGAUAUUCCUGUUUUUAUACAAUUUAUAAUGAUUUAUUUAAAGGUGCAAUAUAUGAUUUACUGAAUAAUUCUCACUCUAAUAGAGUUUUUCUCAGGUUGGUGUCUUUUUAUCAUUGUUGUUGUUUUUCCUCAAAUAUAUAAAUCUGUGAAAAUGCUGAAACUAAGGUUCCAAGUGUUCGAGCACUCCCAAACGGAUCAACUGGCUUUACUGUUUCUACCAAAAGACAUUGCACAAAAUUUCUGCUGUAAGGACAAAUUUCUUGGUUGUUUUAGCCAUUCAAAACUGAGACACAUCAUACCUGCCUGCAUCUCACUUAUCCAGUGUAAUUGUUUCGUAAUUAUUUGCAAUAUACUGCUGCUUUUGUUUUGACUGGUCCUUUUAGGAACUGAAGAAACAAGCAGAAAUCCCCUGUUGGCUGAUUCCACAAGUCAAGGAUCAGACUGGAUUUAUUUUGCUGGUACAUAACUGUUAGACUUAGGAAGGCAUUACCAAUGAAGGACUUAGGUAGAUUGGGGUGAGGGGAGGGUGUCUUAUUUUGGUCUUUGGAUCAUUGCACUGGUUGCAUUGCAGUUGAAUAUGAAGUUUAUGAAUAAUGCUAUAGAAUAGCUAUAAAGCAGGGAAAAAAAUCUUGUGAAGGUUUAAUAACCAGAGUCCCUGGAAUUCUGCUGCUUUUUUGUUGUUGUUGUUUUGGGGGUCUGUCUUUGUUUUAGUAGAGUUGUCAGAAAAAGCUGAAGAUGCUAGGAGUAUAUGUGGCUUUACAGUGGAACCUGGCAACCUCACAGGAUCCAAUGUCAGCUAAAGGAGAACGUAGGAAUUCCUGUAACUUUACUGUAACAACUGUAACUUUACAAAUAUCCUGAGGAAUUUUUCACAACCUGGUGUGAAACUGUGGUGUGCUGUGCGAGCAAAACUGGAGGACAAAGCACAGUGCACUUUUGGUUGUUAGGUUUUGGGGUUUGGUUUUGUUGAUUAUUUUUUGAGUUUUUGGCUUGCUGUUGUUUGUUUUUGCUUUUUUUUUUUGUAGCAGCCACUUGUGGGUUCUUGAAUAUAAUUUUGUUUCUCUUUCUCUGGAAAUACUUAAAAAAACCCUCAUAAUGAGGUUCAUGAUCCCGCCCAGCUCCAUCCAAACUAGCAGCCCACAAAGUGGAUCUCUCAUUUGCAUUCUUCCUAAGCUGCUGUCAGAUGACAAAGAUAAACCACUUGCACCAAACAGAACCAUUCCAAAAGAACUGUGAGGGAGGAAAGUCUGCCCUUUACAGUCAUGUUAUUUUCUUUAACUCUCUUAAUUACUGCACAUCUGUGCAGAGCACAGAGCCAGUAUUCUUUAUUCCAGGUCUCCCAAGAACUUGCUGCCUUAGGGAGGCAAGUGCUCUUUUGCUUCAGAAGGCCCUUGUUUUAUAUAGCAUAGAGGAGAGGGAGAUGAGUCUUCCAUGCUAGAUGAUGUUGUUUCUAUUCUGUUGCAGCAGAACAUCAGAAAAUGAGCUAGGACAGUAUGUGUUUCUGCCUAACCACUGCCCAGACCCUCUUACAGAAAACAAAUGGAUCUGUCCCAUUAUUUUGGUGUUGGAAGCAGACAUCAAAUUCUCUCGUGUACCAUCAUCUAAGGAGUAUCCAUUUUUUAAGAACUGUAAGCAGUUGUUUUUCCAAAGCUGAUGCAUUGCGAAAAGAGACUCAAGGAUGAAAUAAAUGAUCUCUUGAUUCUCUGCAUGGGUGGAAAAAGUUAGUAAGGUUUAAACUGUUGUAAACAUAAAAUUUGGCAUAGUGUCAGUGUGAGUAAGUAGGACAUUCCUUAUAGGAUGUCUCUUCAGGAAAAGGACUACAGGUAAUGCUCCACCUUGUGGAUAUGUCUUGAUCAAGAUGACUUGAAAUCCUGCAAAUGUUUUCUCCCUGCCUUCUGAUGUUCUCUGUGUUAUAAUUGCUGAGGUCUUUCUCUUUAGUCAGUGUUUUCUCUCACUGUUGCUUAUUUAAAGCUGUCCACUGAAAGCUCCACUGUGUGACAACUGCAUCUCUUGCAUUUCUGUUUUACCCUUUCUUCCCAUUUGGGACCUGCUUAAGAAGGGAAAAGUCUUUCAAAUAAGUGACUGUUGAAUAUCUUGAAAUGAUGUACAAAUUUUAUUGUUUUCAUAUUUGUUGUACAGGAAAUUUCAGUACAUGUCUGUAAUAUUUUUAAUGGUUUGAUUUGUUCUUAAAAAUAUAAAAAUAACAAUUAAAAAGCAUCAUCCUAGAGCACUUCUGGUCUUAUUUUUCUUUGUUGGGAUUUUGUUUUGAAUAAAAUUAAUUGGUAAAUACCCAUUUCAUUUAGAAGGGCUUUAAAAAUGGAAAGUGGGUUCCCAUCCUCUGGGGUGGCACUUGAGUCAGUUGUGUACUGCAGUCACUGAGCUCCCUGGGAUGUUGUUCAUCUGUCAUUCAAACUUCCCUUGCAGACCCUGUCUAUGAUGUUAAAGUGUCCUGGCAGUUGGUAGCUUCUCUAAAUGAAGAGCUUGAUAUCAGGUAAUGAAAUGGGACCAUCAUCCAAGGUCCAUCAAAGAUUUCCAUUUGCUGAAAUAGCCUUGAGGGGGAGGACCAGUGUUUCUAAGACUUAUUUUCUUCCAGAGAAACAAGUGAUCACUUUUUCAUCUUUUGAAGAUAUUGCGUUGUCUGGAGGUGGUCAUAGAAGGGGAUACAGAAAUGUCUUUGUAAUGUUACAGCUGGCUGCUGAAUUACCUACCUGCCUGUAGAUGCAUAGAAAAUUACCUCAGUUAAGUGCCUUUCUCCUAAAAUUCUUAGCUGCCAUUCUUGGCUGCCAUCUGAAUCACUCCCGAGGAGGAUCACAUGCCUGGAGGGUGAUACUGGUGCUCAGCAGCUCUCCAGUUCAUCACAGGGUGCUUACACUAAACUAAAAUCUUGUGAUUCUCUGUGGCAACUGCUGUGUUUUCUGGAACGACUGCACAGUGAGAUGGGAAGAGCCAAGUGUGAUUGUCUUGUCAUUGUUCAGUGGGAUCAUGUGCCAGCCACGUGAUGGUGGUCUUAUCCUUGUGCUAUUAGAACUUCAGGAAAGCCAUGUUCUGGCUGUCAUUUGGAGCCUUAGCCUGUUUGUGUAGUUGGAGCUGAACCUGAAUAUCUGGAAAUCACAUUCUGUACCUGGUCUUGUCAUAUGUUAGUUUUACUGCCUUGGAGAUUAAAGAGACGAAGGUCAGAGAGGAGAGGAUGUAGUGUUUCUGUCCUGUUCUUGGCUUCAUAAAUGGGAUGUAUUGAUGCUGCCCUUGCAUGCCCUUUCUGGCUGGGUGUUAUCAGGCAGCAGAUAAGAGUUUUGAGAUGAACAUGUGGGUGUUUUUGUGGAUGAGGGUCAGAAAUGUUGGUUUGGGAGGGAAAAACACCUGAAAACUUUGCACAGUGUGUUAUUCUGAAGCAAAAAGCACAAGCCGAGGUCUUCUUAACAGCAGCUCCUGGGUGUUCUGGUAAAAACUAAUUAAAAAAUGCAGAUGCAAUCACUAUGGUCAAGGGCUGGAAUGAGGGGCAAGUGAAGAUCAACAGUUUACUUGCUUCUGAGGUGGACAGGUACAGUGUUCUCCACUUCCUGUGCUCACCAGAGAAGUUACUGUACUUCCUUUCUUCUUUUACUGUGGCACUGCUUCAGGGAGUCCCUUUCAGCUCUUCACGUAAGAGCUUGUGCUGUUGAAAAACCUCUGCCUGCAAACAGGCAGCAUUUUCAGCACUUUGAAGAAGUGUUUUUGAUGUUGGUACGAAACAGUGCCUCUCUCCAGGCUUAUGUUUCAUUCCAUGUUCAUUACCCUUGGACUCAGCAAACCUCUUGCCUGUGCCAGCCUUCUGCCUGUGAGGGAGAAGCAGCAGAAAUGAAGCAGAAAACCUGAGCUGGAAGCAGCAAGAGGAGCUGCAUCCUUCUGGUAUUGUUGGCUGAAGGGUAGGAGCUGUUAGUACAUCUCAUGUUGGGGAGAAACUGGGAGCCCUUCUCAAGCUAUUUCUAAGAUCUGAAGAAAAAGAUUAUGAAUCCAGGCCUGUUCUUCUCAGUCCCUGUUACUUAGCAGAACCCCAUUUAUUCAUUCAAGUUGCUUUCCCUGAGUUUAUUUCAUUUUAAAUAAUAUACAUAAUUUCCUGACAGCCAGAAGCAAAACUAGCAAAUUGUCCCCUUUCACUAAGAGUCCAGUUUGAUCCUGAGUUACUUGAAUUCACAUUUUAUCUCCAGCUUUCCAAGUAAUCAGAGAAAAGCCAGAUUGUUUGGAGCAAUGUUCUAAGUGUAGGGCUGGUGUCUCAUGGACAUUCCUGGUAUAUUAAUAAUGCUGACAAGAUUUCUAGGGACGCACAAGAGUGGUGUCCUCAGUGUGUGAGGGAUAGAGCGCUCUUCACACACGGUGCCAGGCUGUUGCCCUUGUUUCACCACAGGGCAGGAUUGUCAGGAAAUCAUGGGUCCUCUCUAAGGGAGACUAGACUUGUUUUAUUUUUUUUGUCUGGCAGAUUUUUGAUGUGGUGCUUCCAGAGUCAGGAAUAUGCUAUCAGCAGGAAAAUGGGCUUUUUGAUAAUGGUCUAACAUCAGCUCUGAUUAAGGUCCUUGGGGAGAUCUUAAAUGUAGAUUUUAAAGCAUCUAGCAACAUCUGCUGAGUUACUUUGGCUUCCUCUGUCUCCCAUUUGAAAUACAAUGAGAUUUCAAUACAAAGUUCUAGUGAUAGAUACGUUAUUUUACAGACAAGGCAAUAAUGGAGAUGAGUGUGUGAGAGGUCUAAAUCUUCUGGAAGAUCUACCUGCAACUGGCCAGCUGUUUACAAAUCCUUCAGCCUUUGAGCAAGGAAUAAAUCAAACCUGGAAAUAACAUUUCACUUCAGAACGUCCCAUGCUCUUGUAUCAGUUGUGGAAGAUUUGCUCUGAGAAGAAUUUGGCUGAGCUGAACAGCUCUCAGAUGCUGCCUCCUGGUCUGAGUGAUGCUCCUAGUGCUGAUGGUCACAGGCCAGGUUGUCGCAUCCUGGAUAAAGCUGAGCGCUGGAGGCCACUUAACAAAACAGAGAGAAAAAUUUGUGACCAAUGUGGAUCAGUCAGACCUUUAAACUAACAUUGUAAUUUAAUUAUAAACCAGGUCUAAAGCUACUGAAUCAGUUUUUCUCUGCAUGAAGAUCUCCUAAAAUGUGACUGAGAUACCAGAAAUUACAUUUCAUAGUGUUUGCUGCAAUCAAUAUUUUCUUGUGUCAAGCUCACUGGCAUCACAUUAGUACCAGUCAUGUUAUUUCUGUUAAGACACUUGAUGUUGCCAUUUGUUAUUUUGAAAUUUAGUUUUUUUUCUCAUUUUAGAAAAUGCUGCCUUGAAAAAAUGCCACUAAAAAAAAAGAUUUGAACAGUUCCACCCGAAAUAAAAAUGUUUGGCAAUUUA